AUGGAGGAAACUGAAGAAAACGUCUCUCUUGAUGGAGGCGAGCGUUUAGAGGAUUCUGCUUACUAUCCAGAUGACUCGGAUGAUUCAACAUGGCCAGAUAAGAAGUACUCUCCAAAAGCUUCUACGUCAUCUGCGAAAAAAUCUAGAAAAAUAGAGGAUUCGGAUGAAGAUGGGGAACCGAGCGUCGUUAAGAAAAAGAAAAAGAUGGAAGCCAAAUUCAAAGUCGGCGAGAAGAUCGUCUGCCUUCACGAAAAAACUACUCCAUACCCAGCAAAAGUGACAGCGAUUCGAGUGGUUCGAGGUGUCGACAACUACAAUGUUCACUACAUAAGUUGGCAUAGACGAUACGAUGAAUUGGUUCCAUUCGGGGAGGAGGAAGGGAAAAUGUUCAAGGGAACACUGGAAGAUUAUAACAAGAAUCACAACAUCCCACCGGCGGAAGCAAUGAAGAAUCUCAUUAUUGGGAAGACGAGAACUCAUCCGAAAGCAAGUGCUGAUGGCAAGGAGAAUCGAAAGGCAGGGCGACCAAAGAAAAAAGAACGAGGAGGAUCCUCCAAUCACAUCCAUUCAACAUCUUCAGAACCCACUCAUUCUGUUCGUCUUGAAGUUGACUUACCUCCAGGACUUCUGAAAGUUUUAGGAGAGGAUCAUAGUCUGAUUGGAAGAGAUUUCAUUCCGGAAUUGCCAGUGACUCACUCGAUCGAUAUCAUUAUUGAUGAGUAUCUGGCGAAAGUGGAGAAAGAUGAGAAGCGAGAACUGGCAGAGAUUAAAGAAGGAGAGAGUGCGAAGAGGGAGAAGAAUAAAGUAUUGGUGAAGUAUGCAGGAAUCCGAGGUGCUAUUAGACAGCUUGUCGAGAUAUUCAACGCGUGCUUGAAUAACUUCCUGCUCACCGGAAAGGAGCGUUUCCAACACAGCGGACUUUUGCGCCAGGAAGCGACCAAAAAGCAUAUGAAGUUCAAGAGUGUCCUCGAAAUUCCAAUUGAUGCUGUCAGGUGUUCCGAACAUUAUGGAAUCGUUCAUCUGGUUCGCAUGCUGACGAAAAUCGACGAACUUCUUCAAGUAUCCGAGUGGAACGACUAUUUCAUGGAGAAGUUUAUGGGCUCGAUCCGCCAAUUCGUCGUGUUUCUCGAGGCGAAUCAUUUGAAGUACUGGACAGCAGAGGGUGGCUACAGAACGAUAACUGCCGACUGCCAAUAA